UUUAGGUUUACACGUGUCAUACGUAUUGGUUGUGAAAGUAUUUUAAACAUGGAUAAGAAUUUACUACGAUCUUUGGAUUUAUUAAAAGAGAAUGAGAAACAAAUACGAAAUGACGCAGAACAUGCAUUAUUAACCGUAUGUCAAAAUAUUUUGGCGCAUCCAAAUAACAAACAAUAUCGGGAAGUAAAGCUUGAUCAUCCUAUAGUUACCGCAAAAUUGCUACCUGCUCUUGGAGCUAUCGAAUGUUUAUUUGACAUUGGUUUUGUUGAGACCACUGAUUGUCUUUCUCUACCACAAGAAGCACCACUUUCAAAAUUACAAGCUCUACAAAAUUUGCUUAAUAAAAGCUCUCGUACAAAAAUAUCUGUUAAGAAAAAUGCAACAUUAUACAAUUUGCUACCUCCGACAUCUCUAGAAAAAGAAAAGAAACUUUUCAAAUUUAUUAUAUACCACUUUCAAAGUGUUCUGCGGUAUGAAGAUGCAAGUUUGCAGGAAAAAGCAAAGAAAGUAAUCCCCAUUGUAGAUCUUGAAAUUGCUACUAUGACAAGAAUCAGACAACUGCAUAAACAUGUUAAGUUACAUCAAACUUGUCCAACUGAGGGUGUUGAAAAACAAUACAGUGAAGAUGAUAUAGAUGCUAAAGACUUAUUCCUCAUGGAGCUAUUACAUUGGUUUAAAUAUAAAUUUUUCACGUGGGUUGAUAGUCCAAAGUGUACUGCAUGUUUUUUAGUUUGUGAAAAACAUGAAGUGAUACUGUCUGAUGAUCCCAGAUGUUCAAAAAUAGAAAUACACAAAUGUACUAAUUGUGGAACACUGGUAAAAUUUCCUCGUUAUUCUGACCCGGAACCAUUGUUAACUCGAAGACGUGGACGAUGCGGCGAAUGGGCGAAUGUGUUUACGCUUUUUUGUCGAACACUAGGAUACGAUGCAAGAAUUAUACAUGAUCGAACAGAUCACGUUUGGACAGAGGUAUGGUCCAUACACCAAAAAAGAUGGAUUCAUCUAGAUCCAUGCGAAGAUAUCAUGGAUAGACCAUUGAUGUAUGAAAAAGGUUGGAGAAAAAAACUAUCCUAUAUAAUAGCUUUUUCAAAAGACGAAGUACAAGAUGUUACAUGGCGAUAUACGUGUGAUCAGCUAAAUGUAGAGAAAAGAAGAAAUAUUUGUUCGGAAGUUAAGCUAUUACAAUUCAUUGAAUCGUUGAAUAAAUAUCGUCAAUUUUCUCCAAACUAUAGUGCCUUUCGUAGGCAAUACGUGAUAAAACGAAGGCUUUUAGAGCUCGCGGAAUUGAUAUAUGUGCCCAAUCAACAAGAUUCAGAUGAUGACGAGAAUUACAAAGGGCGAUCCACGGGUUCUUACGAAUGGAGACUAGCGCGGGGAGAAAUUUCUAAGUCAAGUUCAAAAAUAGGAUAUUCUUGGGAUAUUUCGAAAUACGGAGAGUCAUUUCAUCUGCAAUACUCCAUCGUUAAAGAUAUAUAUACGAUAACAGAUAAUGAUGGUAAAAUAUUAAUGGAUAUGUCUGAUUGGCAAAAUGGAGUGGAUGAGAUAGAAGGUGGAAUGUUCCGUAAAGUCGAAUACGAUUGGAAAAUCGUCUAUUUAUCUCGUUCUCUAACAGCCAUUUCCGGUAAUAUAAAAUGGUGCUUCGUAGUUGAGAAUCCAAAUCUAUACAUAAGAACGUUCCAUUUACAAGCUACUAUAAAAGAAUUUAAAACUGGUAACGUGUCGUGGAAGAUAGAAGCAUUUUUUGACAAUGCAAAUCAAAAUAAAUCUGUUGUUUUACCUAUUAGCGAUUGUUCUGAUUACUCCACGGAUCAAUUGAAAGGAACAGUAAAAUUAAUUCUCACAGCAACUGUUUUCGGUGGUGAAGAUGAUCAAGCAUGGCAACAUGCACAACUUUUUAGACAAAGUUUGGAAACUAAAGAUGAUCGAUCUUUAGUAAUAGACAUUGAAUUGGAAAAUCGGUAA